AUUUCUGUGCUUUACCAGAGACGGGCAGAGAGUUUGGCCAGGCGGAGGAAGGAUGAAAUGUCUGGGAGGGCCGGGGUUCUAGGGACUCAGCCCUGCGUGCGGAUGCCGCCAUGUGGGGGCCGGGAAUUCGGGGUCAGGCCCCUGGAUAGUGUUUGUCGUCUCCUUUAACCUAGUCUGCAGAGAGUCGGGGCGUUUUGCCACCCCCCGACCCCCCCGCCAGCUUCCUGCGUUUCUCAGCGCCUUCUCUGCUCCUGCGCCGUACCUGCCUUCAGCCUUCGGUCUUUCUCCAUGGCCUCCGUUUCUAAAACAUUACUUUGAUCCCACCUGUGGCUCUCCCUCGUUAAGCAGUGAUUUUUUUUCAAACUGAAAAAAAAAUCAUGGAACUCCUUUUGCAAAUAGAGUUGUACAUGGGAUCUUAAAUAAAAGGAAUCUGGAUACUGUUCUCCAAGAAAAAACCCAUUAGUUUGGAACUGGAGGAUUUCUUUGCAUCAGAUAGUAAGAUGAAAGAAUCAACAACAGAUGGUGAAUGUGACAAGGCAGUGGCGCCACAACUGAAGAGGCUAGAUGAAAUUAAGGCAGAACCUGACAAUGCUCAGGAGUAUAGUCAAGCCCAACAGCCCAAAACUCAGGAGAAUGACCUGAAAAUAAACACUACGUUUUCAGACAAUGCUUCUCCGAUGACUACAGGCAUUCAGCUUUCUCUGGCCUCAUCUGGCAUGAAUAAGAUGCUUCCCUCAGUUUCAACCACAGCUAUUCAGGUUUCCUGUUCUGGCUGUAAAAAAAUUCUUCAAAAGGGGCAAACUGCUUAUCAGAGGAAAGGGUCUACUCAGCUUUUCUGCUCCACACCGUGCAUCACUGAAUACAUUUCAUCUCUCAAUUCACCAGCUCUUCCGAAGAGAACUUGUUCAAACUGCUCAAAAGACAUUGUAAAUCUAAAGGAUGUGAUCAGUAUGCAGCUGGAAGAUACUACCACUAGUAAAACUUUUUGCAGCCAAUCUUGUCUUUCAUCAUAUGAAGAAAAAAGAAAACCAUUUGAUACCAUAUGUACUAAUAGCAUUCCAGCCAAGUGCAGCAUGUGUCAGAAGACUACUGUUAUUCAGUAUGAAGUAAAAUACCAGAACAUGAAACGUAGUCUUUGCAGUAAUGCCUGUUUUUCAAAGUUUCACUCUGCUAACAACCUCAUGAUGAACUGUUGUGAGAACUGUGGAGCUUACUGUUCCACUAGCUCUAGUCUGUUCCAUAUACUUCACAUGGAAGCACAGUCUCAUUACUUUAAUAGUUCAAAGCGUAUUACAGCAUAUAAGCAGAAACCAGCCAAAACACUUACAUCUGUUCUUUGCAAAUCACUGAAACCCUCAGACGAAAUGAUUGAGACUACCAAUGACUCGGGGAAGACAGAGCUUUUCUGCUCUGUUCAUUGUUUCUCUGCUUACAGUAAAGCUAAGAUGGAAUCUUCUACAGUAAAUGUUUCCAUGGUGCAUGAUGCUUCAACAGAUCUCCUUUCUCCGAAGAAAGAUACAACUCCAGUUAUAAGCAAUAUAGUGUCAUUGGCAGAUACUCAUGAAGCCCUGCCCGUCAUGAACUCUGAUGUAUUACAAGGUACAGUUUCUUCAGUAACAGCAAAUGUUGAGGAUAUUUCUAAGACUUCACCCAGUGAAUCAAGUAAUGGUGUUGCUAAUAGUAAUGUGGAACAGCCAAGCCUUGCACCAUCUUCAUCAGUACUCAGUCAGCAUACAACUGGCUGCAGUAUAGAAGUACAAAAAGAUCAUGUGUCAAACCAAGAUGCUACAAACAGUAUGAAAUCCAUGAAAAUAAGAGAUGGACUACGUCACCCAAAAUUUACAUCCAAAGUACAAAAAGUUAAAGGUAAAUCACGAAGUAUUAAAAAAUCUUGGUGUUCAAAUUUUCAGCAAUUAGAAAACAGUAUUAAAAAGGAUGUGAUAUUCUGUUAUUCGUGUCAGUUGUUCUGCCAAAAAAAAUUUAGCUAUGGAGGAGAGUCAUUUGCAGCCCAAGGAAUUUCCAAUUGGAAAAAAACUCUGGAAAAAUUCAGAAAGCAUGAAAAAAGUGAAAUGCAUUCAAAGUCAUUGCAAUUUUGGAGGGAAUACCAGUUUUGUGAUGAAGCCGUUAAUGACAGUUUAUCUAAUCAUUCAAAACAGAUUGAGGGAAAUAAAAAGUACCUAAAGCUUAUAAUUGAAAAUAUUUUAUUUCUUGGAAAGCAGUGUUUACUCUUAAGAGGAAAUGACCAGUCUGUUUCAUCUGUGAAUAAAGGCAAUUUUUUAGAAUUGUUAGAAAUCCGAGCAAAAGAUAAAGGAGAAGAAAUAUUUCGACUUACGAAUUCACAAGUUGACUUCUACAAUAGUACACAAAUUCAAAAUGAUAUUAUUGAAAUAAUAAAGACUGAAAUGUUACAAGAUAUUGUAAAUGAGAUCAAUGUCUCCUCAGCUUUUUCAAUAAUAUGUGAUGAAACAACUGAUAGUGCCACUAAAGGGCAAUUCUCUAUUUGUGUAAGAUACCCACAGAAAACAUCAAAGGCUAUAUUAAUUAAAGAAAGAUUUUUGGGUUUCAUAGAUGUUGAAGAGAUGACUGGGACCAACUUACACAGGAGUAUUAAAACUUACCUGCAGCAAAUUGGAGUUGAUUUGGAUAAAAUACGAGGCCAGGCCUAUGAUAGCACCAGUAACUGGAGGGGAAAAUUUAAUAAAAUUGCAGCAGAAUUCAAGAAGGAAGAGCCAAGAGCUUUAUACCUGCAUUGUUAUGCACAUUUUUUGGAUUUGGCGGUGAUUAGGUUUUGCAAAGAAGUAAAAGAGCUCCGAAGUGCUCUAAAUACUCUCAGUUCUUUGUUCAACACUAUUCAUGGGGAAAUGUCUGUAAAUUUUCAAAACAUUUAUAAGCUAAGUCAAAACAAAACAUGCAAAAAACAUACAUCACAAUCAUGUUGGACAGUCCACGAUCGUACGUUACUAUCUGUGAUUGAGGGUCUUCCAGAGGUUAUUGAAACACUGGAAGUUCUAUCAAGCCAUUCUUCAAACACAAGUUUAGCUGAUGAAUUGAGUGAUUUGUUGGCAUUGGUUUCCAAAUUUGAAUUUAUCUUUUGUUUGAAAUUUCUUUAUCGAGUACUAAGUGUUACAGGAAUUCUUUCCAAAGAGCUUCAAAGUGAAACCAUAGACAUUUUUUCUUUGUCUUCAAAAAUAGAAGCAAUUUUGGAAUGUUUAUCAUCUGAAAGAAAUGAUACUUAUUUCAAAACUAUCUGGGAUGGAGCAGAGGAAGUAUGUCAAAAAAUAACCUGUAAAGGUUUUGAAGUUGAAAGGCCUUCAUUUCAGAAAAGAAGAAAAAUUCAGAAAACAAUAGAUCCUAGCAAUUCAGACAGUAUGUUUUUUCCUACCUCAACAGAAGAACAAUAUAAAAUUAAUAUUUAUUACCAAGGCUUGGAUACUAUAUUACAAAAUUUAAAAUUGUGUUUUUCAGAGUUUGAUUAUUGUAAAAUGAAGCAGAUUUCAGAACUGUUACUUAAAUGGAAUGAACCGUUAAAUGAAGCAACAGCUAAAGAUGUCCAAGAAUUUUAUAAACUUGAUGCAGACAUCAUCCCAGAACUUAGAUUUUAUCGGCAAUAUGCAAAGCUCAACUUUGUCCUAGAUUAUGAUUGCAUCAGCUUCAGCAAUCUUGGCCAUUUGUUUAUUCAGCAUGGUCUUCACAAUAAUAUUCCUUGCAUAUCAGUGCUAUUAUAUAUUGCUUUGUCUUGGCCAGUUACUUCAGCAAGUGUUGAAAAUUCAUUUUCUACACUGUCUCGUCUUAAAACAUAUUUAUGUCAUACCAGGGGACAAGAAAAGCUUAGUGGCUUAGCCCUAAUGGCUGUUGAGCAGGAAUUGGUAAAUAAACUGAUGGAACCUGAAAGACUCAAUGGAACUGUGGAAAAGUUUAUCCUACAGGUGAAAGAAAUAUAAAACUUGCUAACUUGAAUUUA